AAGUAGCUGUGGGAGUGGAAGAGGAGUACAUCAACAAGGUGGCAUCUGGCAUCCAACUCUAGCUAAUUAAUGGCAGGGGUUAGCUGUAUUCUCAUUUAAUACUUGGGCCCUUGUUUUUUUGUUUGCAAGCAAGAACUAGACUUCCACCGUCUUUAUUUGCUUUAAAUGAUCUACUCUGCACGUCUUUCUCUAAUUUAAAUAAAAUUCUUUUGUGGCUAAAAAACCCUCUCCAUUUUUUGUCUCCUAUCUACACCACUCUUCUGACUUUCUUUAGCUGGGAUGGACUUGUUGGUGGCACAUUUGGCCCAGCAAAGUGGGUCAUUCAUUAAUCUCAAUCCCUGCUAUCAUUGAAAGUCCAUGGUCGGUUCAUACCGGCUCUAGCAACAUUGUAAGACUCGGCCUGGACCGGACAGUCAGACCAUCAAAACAGGGAACCUGUGCCCUUUCUGGGUCCCGGUUAAAUGACGGUUUUAUGGGCUGAAUGGGUUAACCAGGCAAAACCGGGACCUGUGAAGCAUCCUGGUUUUUAGUCCGGUUCGAGUCAUACACAUUGGGCCCUAGUUUCAAUGGUUAGGCUUGGUCAUAGGUCUGAUAUGAGUCAGAAGUUGGUAAACAAUCCAUUUCUACUUUCUAGAGGAAGAAAGAUACAAGUUAAAUGGACCGAUCAAAUCGGUCAAGUCCACGUUGGUACGAAAUUGGCCCACCUCCUUCGGAUGAUGACCUUAGGUCCGUUACUGUCAAAGAUCGCUUAUCAUCGAUUGUGAAUACAAGGACAAAAAGAAACCGGUUCUUGAUGGGACCGAGCGGUUGUUUCACUGGACGGCCCAGAUUGAUGAAGUGGUUUGAUAGGGACCGGAUCUGCUCCUCACAGAUAGCGCCUUACACCGACCUCACGGGGACAUCUCACCGUGCAUUGGGAACAUCUUCCGUACUUAUAUGUUAUUAUUUACGGGAGAUGUUCCCAAUGUUGUGAGGCGCCCUUUGAUAACGUCAAUGGUUUUGGUUUUUUAUGCGGUCGCUUUUGCCACGUGGACAGAUAAUGUGCCUAAUCAAAACCGUCCACCUGGAUUCGAGGUGUGUUUGGCAGUGUCAUUGGAGCAAGAGAUACGAUUUUGUUGUGCCACGUGGUGAAAAAGUGUGGUAACACGUGUAGGGAAUGGAAUGACAGGUGAGUGGGAGCAAGGUCGUCGAGUUUCUAAACGUGUUUCAGGCAGACCCGGGAACGAGAGAGGGAGAGAUGGAUUCGCUGAUUAUUCCACACAAAUCCUUGUCUUCUUUAUUCUCCUUCGUUCUUUGCCUUUUCUUCCUCUGAAAGACAGCAACAAUCCCAUUCUCUUUUCAAAUUUCAACGUUCGAUCCUCCUUCCUUCCAUCAACGCCACCACUACCGGGAAAAGCCUCCACCACCUCCUCCACCUCCUCCACCAAGAGUACUAGAAUCAUCUCUUGCCCACAUAGUAAGAGGCAGAAUGAGUUGAGCGAGGGAGACAAAGAGAGAGUGAUUGGAGAGUAGAGCCAAAAUGGGGGCGACGCUCUCCAACUUAACGGAGGGGGUGGCAAAUGGUUCGACGAUUGGACCGGGUCUCGGGGACAUACCGGAGAGCUGCGUGGCCUGUGUGUUCAUGUACUUGACCCCGCCGGAGAUAUGCAACCUGGCUCGCCUUAACAGGGCCUUUCGUGGCGCUGCCUCCUCUGACGCUGUCUGGGAAUCGAAAUUGCCCCCUAAUUACCAGGAUCUCCUCGACUUGUUGCCUCCCGAGAGAUACCCAAAUUUAUCCAAAAAGAACAUCUUUGCCCUCCUCUCUCGUCCCAUCCCCUUCGACGACGGCAACAAGGAGGUCUGGUUGGACAGAUUUACAGGAAGGGUUUGCAUGUCGAUCUCGGCAAAAUCGUUGAGGAUAACUGGGAUCGAAGAUCGGAGAUACUGGAAUUGGAUUCCUACCGAAGAAUCUAGAUUUCCUGUGGUGGCCUACUUACAGCAAAUAUGGUGGUUUGAAGUGGAUGGAAUCAUCAAGUUCCCUUUUCCUGCUGGUGUCUACGCUUUGUCAUUCAGGCUUCACCUUGGAAGAUUUUCAAAAAGAUUGGGACGACGAGUCUGCAAUUUUGAGCACACCCAUGGUUGGGAUAUAAAGCCUGUGCGGUUUGAGCUCUCUACAUCAGAUGGACAGCAAGCAUCUUGCCUUAUCUGUUUGGAUGAAUCUGUAAAGGAUGACACAAAUGGCAAUAGCAAGCGUGGUUGCUGGAAAGAGUACAAGGUAGGUGAGUUUAUUGUCGACGAUUCAGCCCCUGCCACAGAAGUCAGAUUCUCCAUGAGGCAGAUUGAUUGCACACAUUCUAAAGGUGGGUUGUGCGUGGACUCGGUGUUUAUUUUUCCUAAUGAUUUGAGACAGAGAAGAACAAAGCUUUUGAAGUAACAAGCAGCCACAUGAGAUGUAUUGUCAAAACCCUCAUUUGUGUAAUAUAUACAACUCAUACUUGUGUAAGGGUUUGGUGUUGAGAGGAUGAUAUUGUAUCACCUUUUUCUUUGGGGAGUUUUGAKUUUUAUGUCUUCCAAUGGUUCUGUAAAUUUCACUUGUAUGUAUUUCAUCCAGUUUUGUUUAUUUUGUUAUAUUGAUAAGGUAAGAUGAAGAGAAUACAUUUAGGUAUAUGGAAUUACUUCCCCAUUUAAAGUAUGAUCUCUCUCUCUCUCUCA